GACUUGUAAUUGUUGUAUGCUGAUAGUGCAGUGAUAACCUUUACAAUGACUAUGUACCUGUACUGGUUGAGCAUCAUGAAGGAGUAGCUUGCGCAACUGUUGCGUCGCCAGUUCAAGAAGUACGUGUGUCCUUCUUCUUCAUGGUGUGAGUGUAGUCAAGUGCUAUUUUCUGCAGAAAGGAAUAUAGCCAUGUGCCUGUAACAUUUUCUCAACGCUGGUGUUGAAUUUUGUUUUCAAUUUAUUUACCUCAAGAAAUUUCAAGUUUCCCCAAUAAGCAGUAUUCUGACACUAUGUUCAGGGCUGCUUUUCGCCCAAGGACGGGGCCAUUAUGCUACCGAUCUUGGAAUUUCCAGCAGCAGCAGCAACAGCAGUUACCUUUGAUCAACUGCUAUCGCAGGCAUAUGAAUAGUGAAGGCAACAAAUGGCGUCGGAAGAUCAAGAUAUCUGAUCAAAUUCGUGUGGUGACGGAUCGGUUGAGAAUAUCAGCUGCGCGUACCGGAAAACGUAUCCGAAAGUCGAAUUCAAAUUUGCAAGAAAUUUGCCAUGUCAGAUUUGCGUCCUUGACCAAGCGACCCGCAGGUGUGUUUCGCAGAUUUCGAGGAGGACUCAUAGCGGAGGCACGUAGGAGAAGGGACCGGGGUCUUGCCCGUAUACGAAGUCAAGUUCUUCUCACACGGCGUGGAGUGCGUAGACGAGUGGACUCGGCGCGGAAAACUGUCGAGCGCAAGACGGACGGCUACAUCACUGGCCUGCGUCGCCAGAUGAAGCGCUUUGGCCUGCUUGGUAUUGGUGUGUAUGUGACGCUGGGCACGCUUGACUGGAUCACGUUCUACUACCUGCUAAAGUGGGGAGUGGAUGUCAAUGUCUUGCUCAACAUGCUGGGCAUCAACAAGACGUUCAAUACUGAAGAAGGUAGUGCCACGUUCUGGACAUUGGUGGGUGCAGCGUACGCCUGUCACAAAGCUAUCAUGCCUGUCCGCCUCAUCGUGACACUGGUAGUGACCAGGCCCAUUUGGCGCUAUCUGGUGCGACUUGGGUGGAUCAAGCGGCCGAAAACUAUCCCCAAAGUGACAAAGAAGACGUGAUCUGACAACUCAACUAGUAUUCUGACUAGAUUCCGGCCCAUUACAAGCACAGUGGAUGCUGGCAGUGCUAUGCAGUUGUACAUGUUUACACUCUACUGGAGAACAUGGACCUUAGUCAAUGUCUCAAUCAGCUAUGUUACCUGGUGGAGGAAAGUUCUUCACAGAGCAGUUGAGAAUUCUCAUGAGGUCGCUUCAAGCAAAAGUCGUUGGGAUGUUUGCAGAGCUUUUCGAGUACUGUGUGUGCACGUCGUGGUUUGACUGCAACGUCUUGUGAAGUGAUCUGCUAACUUGCCCCGCGUGUGUCCAGUUCAGGUCUGCUGACUUGCACCGUAUGUGUGUCCAGUUCAGGUCUGCUGCUGACUUGCACCGUAUGUGUGUCCAGUUCAGGUCUGCUGACUUGCACCGUAUGUCUGUCCAGUUCAGGUCUGCUGACUUGCACCGUAUGUGUGUCCAGUUCAGGUCUGCUGACUUGCACGUAUGUGUGUCCAGUUCAGAUCUUGGUUUCUGUGCCCAGUCACAGUACUUGCCAUGGGUAGUUACUGCCCCCCCCCCCCCCCCCCAUCACAGCCUGAUCUAGUGCUGCUUGAGAAAUGAGUUACCGUCCCACAACUGAUUGCUACCUUCUUCUUCAUGCCAGUGUGUGCUUCAAUGGAUGCCGCCGCUGUGACAUGUUUUUGCCGGGGUGGCUGCUGCUUCUUUGAGGCGCCGUCACUGCCCUCUCUCCAGGGAAGUCGAUUGCCGGCAUUGCCUCUCCCCUUCCCAGCCGUUACCGCUGCUUCGGCGCAUAGCACCGGUGGCGUAUAUUUGUAUAUGCGGUGGCACAUGAAGGCUGCAGUUUGCACCUGCAUGUUGGCGGCUUCUUGGCCAUUUUCCCCCGGCUGUAAUUCCACUUAUUCGCUUUCAUUCUAGACGCUUUGCACCUUUUAUUUUAUUCAAUUGUGACAUUUUUAGGAUCAUAUUUUUAGGCCAGUCCAAGCACCCUU